UUGUAGGAAUUACUUGUCGUGUAUCUCAUUAUUAACAUACUCUUAAAUAAUUAUUAUUUUGCAUAAAAAAUUAUUUAAAAAUCUGGAAAUGUUUGUUUUUUUAAUAUUGUGAAUAUUUUAUAUAGUGUGUACAUAAUUUAUAAUUGAGUUUCAAUUAUUAUAGGCAUUAAGUGAAGUGUUAAAAAAAUUUAAUAAACUUGACAAUGGACGCUAAAGAUUUUCGUGAUUUUGGUAAAGCAGCAGUUGAUUUUUUGGCUGAUUAUACUGAAAAUAUAAGAGACCGAGAUGUUUUGCCAAGUGUUGAACCUGGUUACUUGAGUGAAUUAAUUCCUUCAAGUGCACCAGAAAAACCAGAAACAUGGCAAGAAGUUUUAAAUGACGUUGAACGAGUUAUAAUGCCCGGGGUAACCCAUUGGAAUUCACCACAAUUUCAUGCUUAUUAUCCAACUGCCAAUUCAUAUCCAGGAAUUGUUGGUGAACUUAUGACUGCUGGUAUUGGAAGCAUUGGUUUUUCUUGGAUAGCAUCACCAGCAUGUACCGAGUUGGAAGUUAUUACUAUGAAUUGGCUUGGAAAAAUGAUGGGAUUACCAGAAGAAUUUUUAUCAAGCAGUGAAGGUCCAGGUGGUGGUGUUAUACAGGGAUCUGCUAGUGAGGCAACUUUGGUGGGUUUACUCGCAGCAAAAGAACGCACAGUAAGACGAAUUAAAAAACAAAAUCCUGACAUGGAUGAAGGAUCAAUAAAAGCCAAACUGGUUGCGUAUACUUCAGACCAGUCAAAUUCAUCAGUUGAAAAAGCUGGAUUACUUGGCUCAAUGCCAAUGAGACUACUUCCAGUUGAUAAAAAAUGCAGUCUACGUGGAGCAACAUUACUUGAGGCAAUGAAAAAAGACAAAGAAGCUGGUCUUAUUCCUUGUUAUGUUGUUGCAACACUUGGUACAACUGGAACAUGUGCAUUUGACAACUUGGAAGAACUUGGACCAAUUUGUAAUGAUAAUAACAUUUGGCUACAUGUUGAUGCUGCUUAUGCUGGUGCUGCUUUUAUUUGUCCAGAGUAUCGUCAUCUUAUGACUGGAGUUAACUAUGCUGACUCAUUUAAUUUUAAUCCACACAAAUGGCUACUUACAAAUUUCGAUUGCUCUGCUUUGUGGGUUAAAGAUUCUCGAUUGCUCAUUAAUGCAUUUAAUGUUGAUCGUAUUUAUCUUGCUCAUGAUAAACAAGGUCUUGUUCCCGACUAUCGGCAUUGGCAAAUUCCACUUGGCAGAAGAUUUAGAGCAUUAAAACUUUGGUUUGUUCUUCGUCUUUAUGGUGUUGAGGGUCUUCAAAAACACAUUCGUCAUUCAAUAAACUUGGCUAAACAUUUUGAGACACAUAUUAAUUCUGAUGAAAGAUUUGAAAUUGUUACUGAGAGAUCAAUGGGUCUUGUUUGCUUCAGAAUGAAGGGUGAUGAUAAAUUAACUCGAGGACUUCUUGAUCGAUUAAUGAAAAGAAAACGUAUUUACCUUAUUGCUGCAACUUUUGGUGAAAAAUUGAUGAUACGAUUUGUCGUUUGUAGUCGUUUGUGUCAAGUUGAUGACAUUGACUUUGCCUGGAAUGAAAUUCGUGGACAAGCUGAUAUCACAUCAUCAUCAACAAUCAUAUCACAUAUAUAUUUAACCUAA